AUGGCAAGCAAGCUUGAACCUUGUUCAAUAGGUAUUUUACUCGGCUCAACUGAAGAUUGCCACAAGACUACUUACGCAAGGAAAGUUGGAACAAAUAAGUUGGCGGCUCUACCGGCAGACGACGUCGAACUAAUUGUACGAAGCUAAGGAGCGGUUUACUGAAAGGCAGAAAAUGACAGCGUUAUCUGUUUUCAUCAUGAAAUGGUUUAUUUACGCAAGUAUGAAUAUUUGCAAAAAAGUUGUUGUGAUCCCUUUCAAUUGCAUCCAACAACGGCAAGGAAAUAGCCUUUAUGCAUAAAAGAUAUUGAAAACGCGGACAAAAUUAAUAAACUCGUUGUGAAAGAUAUCAAGCCUGGUCAAAAGCUGUGCCCAAAAUGUUCAUCUCAUCUUUGAAGCAUCGAUGAAAGUUGCAUCGAAGAAGAUGAAGAGUAUAAGCCUGAAGUCGAGGACGGAUUACAUAAUCUUGCCGCCAAAUUUAGUUCCCUUGGUUGCACUCCAGUUAAGACUAAAUUCGCACAGAGAGACCGUGUUGUGUAUGCCAAACGAAAGGCUCAAGAAGCGCAGACGGCUAUUACUGACGAAGUUGCUCGUCGUUUAAAUGCUGACUCCAAUGAACUUCAAACGUGUCAAAAGUGCACAGACCUUGACGCAAUUAUAGAAGGGAUCAAAGAAAAAUGCUCCACUUCAAACAUGGAAGCCACACUAAAACUUAUCACUCUCGCGCCGCCUUCUUAG